CAGCUGACUCUCCCGUGGGUGGUACAGGCGAGCAGAACCUUGAGGCUAAAUAAUCGAAUAUAAAGCGCCUUAAAUUUAACCGCCGUGAAGGUCCGGACAUACAGUUUUAUUCACACCAUGGCUGAAACAGAUCCCAAAUCAGUGCAGGACCUUACUAACGUGGUCCAGACGCUCCUGCAGCAAAUGCAAGACAAGUUCCAGACAAUGUCAGACCAGAUCAUCGGGAGGAUUGAUGAGAUGAGCACACGAAUCGAUGACCUGGAGAAAAACAUUGCUGACCUGAUGACCCAGGCUGGUGUGGAGGAGGCCGAGGCGACACCAGAGAAGCCGAAGGAGAGCCAAGGAUCAUCAUGAAGGGUCAGAAAUGAUGUGAAGUCAAAGUUCUUUACCGAUGACUUCUGAUUUGGUGUGAAAUGCUUUUUUUAAAUAUAUAUAUAUAUAAAAUGGUUUAACGGUUUACAGUUAUGUCAUGAUGUGAGAAGUGGAGUAGUAGUAAUCUGAAUUAGUGUGACCUGCCCUUCAGAAUUGUGUAUUUGGUGCCCUGACCUGGACGUUCGAGCCGCCAGCGUCGGUUCUUCUCUCCGGUCCGUGCUUGGUAACGGGCCAGCAGAACCUCAUCCCAACACGAUGAACCGCGAACACCCGGAGCUCGCAGCGCAGCACUGUUGGCAACGAGAUGCAGAAUGCAUUCCAUUUCUGAUUUUCUAUUAAAGCGAUGUACGGAGCAGUUUCUCCUUUUUGACCAGGUGCUGAUAAAUAGACCACGGUGCUAAGAGUUUCUACAUUUUCUCUUAUGAGGCAGAGUCGUCUGAUGCCACAGACCUUUCAUAACUACUGAAUUCAUCCGAUCUGCAGGUUCAAUGCUCUUUGUUGUUCAUGAAUUUGUUGGAUUCUGACGUGAAAUGAGCAGAAUUGGAAAUGUGCCACUUAACGAGUGUAUAACUAAGAUUUUGCCAAAUUGAAUGAUUAAAACAUCCCUUAUUUUACCGCAUGGUAGGAACCUUUAUUCAAGUGUAUGCAAACAAAAUGUAACAGACCGUCUUCAAACCAAAAGUAGCAGUAAACAUCCAUUAAAGUGCAGCUUGAUUAUUGAACUGCAGUAGUAGAACCUCAGCACUUCAUAAACAUCCCCUCAAUACAAUAUUCAUUUACUCUACAUGGGAUAAAGCAAAAGGUCCCUGAGCUGCCACUUGGUGUGAGUUUAUACGUCUGUGGAAGUUCAGUUUCAGAACUCGAAGUCGUCCUCCGUCAUGUCGAUGGCCCAGGCGAACUUUUCCCGUUGGGUUUUGUUGUAGAUUUUUUCUAUAGGCACCUCCAUGUUCUUACACCUGAUUAAAAACAAGAACAGAAAAGCGUUCAACCACAAACAACUGAGUAUUACAACUGCAGAAGAAAAGUCUUAAACAUACAAUGGGGUGAAGAGAAACCUUGAGUUUAUCGUCCUGAACGUUUUUCAAGCCAAACUUCACCAAAUCGUUGCAGAAGAAGCAUUUCUCAUCUCUGGUUUAGCACCAAACCCCACUUUCCUUUGGUACAAGCAGCAUUUCUAUGAAUUCUGAAGUCUUGGAACAAUUGGCUGAUCUCUAUAGAAAUCAGGUCGGUCACAUGGUGAAACGUCAGAUCAGUAAACUGGAGGAUCUGUUGUCUGAAUGAGAUCAAGUGACCACAGAUCCUAAGAGCCCAGAAUCAAAGUUAACGGAUGGAAUCUGGACAUUUCAACACUGCAGCCUAAACCAGAAACUUAACAAAAUGUGUUCUUUACAAUAAAAAUCUAUUAAAACA